AAUCAACCAUGCUGAAGGAUCACAUGAGAUGACGUAGAGGGUCACGUGACAUCAGACUAGAGGUUUUUGUUUACGUGAGAAGACACUCAAUUUUUUCGUGGAUUUAUUUGCAAAUUUGAACUGUUUACUAGACGGUUUGGCUUGCUUAAACAACGCUUUUGUUUUUGCUAUUGUGCGGUGUUUGUUGUGACACGUUGUAUGUGUGGUACGGUAACGUGUUUACCCACGUGGGUCUGUUUUUGUUUUGCGACCCUGAACUUUGAUCGUCAUGGCUGACGAAUCAGUAGUAGCCCUCGAGGCAUCUGGGACAGGCAUCAUAGCCAUAAACCCUCACUUGGGCAUCAUAGCCCCGGACAGUGAGAUCGUGACGACUCGCAUUUCGUCCCCGCCAACAUUACGGCGAUUUGGUGCACCUAGUGCAACGUCAACAUUUUCGAGAUGUGCAGACAAAUCCAAUAUGGCGUCUAUUAGACAUUCGACACAAGUCCCUUCACCAUCACCCAACAUAACUUAUGCAAAUGAGCCUGUUGCGGAAAGUCUCGCGACAGGUCGCGAGACUCAGCCUGUUUCCGGUUUAGACAUGGCGGCACUCCUAAGACAAAACCAGGAGGUUAUGCUACAACAAAGUAAAUUGUUGCGAGAUCUCCACUCAAAGGUGCGAGAUAUUGAGAAAAGAAAGUCUGAUGUGCACGAUGAUCGCACUGAGGCAUCGAAGCGACCUCGGAAUGAAAUCACUAGCCAGCAAGAGGAUUAUACAUCCGCGUUGGACGCACUUCUCGGCGACAAAGAUCAACACUCCCAUGAUCAUAGUGAAAGUGGUUACGAAUGUGCUGAUGACUCGUCUCACCACGAAUCGGUUACAUUGGACGAUGAUCGCUCCGUUGUCGAUGUCGAGGUGUCUGAGGACAAUCGUUCUGUUCUCCAAUCCCUACAGGAUUUCUUGGCUAAUGCUGAAAAGACGGGGCCCGCUAUCAGUCCUCCACUAGCGGACAUGGCCAAUAAUGGUUUUCGUUCUCGUGUGUCUGAGGACAAAGUUAAAGAACUCACCAUGAAAUAUAACAAACCAGCAAACGUUGACAAAUUAACAGUGGCACGUGUUAAUUCCGGUGUAUGGAACACACUCCGCAAGAGCACAAAGGAUUUGGACGCAAAAUUACAGCGGUAUCAAACGCUUUUAUCAAAGGCUUUCUGCCCACUACUCCAUUUGAUGGACAGUUGUUUCAAAGCAAGUAAGGAGGGUAAAGGCAUGUCUCACACACAGGUGAAUGAGACACUAUCCAUGGCCAACGACACAUUCAAAUUGUGCCAAAUAGCGUUCACAGAUAUGAAUUAUCGCUGACGCUACAUUAUUCGGCCUGAUUUAAAGCCACAGUACAAAGAACUAUGUGCGGAUAGCAACCCUGUCACAGAACAUCUCUUUGGUGAUGACCUAAACACGCAACUCAGGGAGAUUGAUACUGCGCGUCGAAUGGGUAAACAGGUUUCCAAAACUUACCCAAAUAAACGGCCUCAUGAACUGAGUCACCGACCAGCCAACACUCCUCGACAGGGGUAUCACUCUGGGUAUCACCAUGGUUACCAACAGAGUAAUACUUGGAAUCGUGCCCCCAGGCCAAGAUUCCUGUAUCAGGGACAGCAAUCCAACCAGGGUAGCAGUUUUUUAUCCAAAGGCCAAACCCACAGAGACAAAAAGAAAAAACUGUAGACCCUGUACCGCCAGAUUCUGCUGAUCAGUCUACUAGGAAAGGUCAUUCAAAAGAUUCGGACAGAUCAGGCAACAGUGGUAUUGGUGGCACCGCUGUGGACCACACAAUCAU